AUGCCAUGGGGCAACAUACCGAGGCCCCGAUCUCGAUGCGGUGCUUGCGUAGUCUUAAAUAGAGAAUGCAAUUCACAGUGCAUCUUUGCUCCUUACUUCCAUUGUGAGGAUGGUAUUGCUCAUUUUGUUGCCAUCCGCGAUGUUUUUACUGUCAAGAAUGUCGUCAACAUCCUAGCUCCGCUUCCGGUCAGCGACCGAUUUUGGGCUUCUGAUACACUCCUCUUUGAAGCUCAAGCCUGGCUUCAAGAUCCCGUCUAUGGAUGUCCUGCUCCUCAACCUGAUCAAAACCCGAGCUGGAAUUUCGAUCUUCCUAUCAUUCCAGAGGAUGCCCCUUAUCCUGGUUUCUCAAAGGCUACUCUUCCACCUAUCCCUGGUGAAGCUAGCAGUAGCCAGAUGCCACCCUCAGAUGACAUCGAUGAGUUGGGAGCUAUUGUGUUUGGCAACCGUCGUCCUCACUGA